ACAACGCGCGAUCCAAGGGAACGGUCAGGAGUUUUGUUUUGGUAAUUUUUGCGGGUUGUCAUAUUCGUUGGGAGAUGGUUUGCUCAAUGCUCAUCGUGAUUGAAGAUUCCUACAAUUCCUUGAUUCCUAACAUAUUGCGUGGUUACCGUAAUUAGUGCCUGCUUCAAGCUACCUACAUUCCAAGAAGGGAGCUGACUCCUCUCAUCCUUUGACUGCGCAGUGGAGGAUCAUCAGAGGCAAGUACCGCCUUUGUCUGCCACUUUCUGUUCAACCCUGCACUAGGAGCUGGGCUGGCUUGGAGAAGUUGGCCUAGACUAGGUCAAACAAAGUUCAUCCCUGUAAACAUCCUUUCAAGAGACGGUUGUUUCCAAGCGGAAUAGCAGCUUCAGUUACUGGCAGGGGCUAUAACAACCUCGUUAAUCUGCCGGUUACUUUCUCAUUUCGGCACCUGAGACCUGCCCGCCUUCUCGCGACACGUUUUCGCCGCGAUACCUGGACGCCAUCUUUAGAGGACUUUAGGACGGUGCCUCCACUGGCGGCAACAUGCCUCCAUCAACCAUGAACACAGAGGCGACGGGCGUGGCGAGCGCCACGCGGGCGGCCUCUGGCGCCGUGGCUGCCGCCCUAUCCGCCACCGGCGCCCCCUCUGCCACCGCCGCCCCCGCCGCCGCUCCCGUCCAGGCCGCCGCUGCGCCGUUCCGAAACGGGAUGAUAUUUGACGCGGCCAAAGGGGAGACGGCCACCACGACCAGCGGCUUCAAGACGCUCAUCAGGAAACUGAAGGGCACCUGGCGAAUCAGCAGUAACAAGGACGAGAUGUUUAGCGAGAUUCUCGCGCAGACGCGGCUCUACAUCCUACCGGGACCGAAGGAUAAAUUCAGCGCGCAGGAGUUUGAGAUGCUGAAGAAGUACGUGGACGAGGGCGGCAGCCUGCUGGUGAUGCUCGGAGAGGGAGGCGAGAAACUCAACAAGACCAACAUCAACUACCUGCUGGAGGAGUACGGCAUGAGCAUCAACAGCGACGCGGUGGUGCGAACCCAGUACUACAAGUACUUCCAUCCGAAGGAGUGCUACAUCUCGAACGGCAUCCUGAACCGACAGCUGGGGCAGCUGGCCGGCAAGACGACGCCCGGGGUCGGCAUGGAUGACGACGGAAACAACCCGCAGGCGCUGGUGUUCCUGUACCCGUUUGGCGCCACCAUCAACGUGGCCAAGCCGGCGGUGCCGCUGCUCUCCACGGGCAGUGUGGCCUUUCCCAGCAACCGGCCGAUCUGUGGCCUGUACCAGAACGACGCCGGCGGCAAGAUCAUCGCGCUGGGCUCGGUGGCCAUGCUGACCGACCAGUACCUAGAGAAGGAGGAGAACAGCAAGAUCAAGGAUGUGCUGUUCGACAUGCUCUGCUCCGGCGACCAGGUCACCCUCAACAGGAUCGACGCCAGCAACCCGGAGAUAAACGACUACAACCUGAUCCCGAGCAUGGGUCUGCUGGCGGAGCGACCGCGGGUCUGUCUGCAGGAGUCAGACAGUGUUCCGGCGGACCUGAGCAAGCUGUUCGACACCCAGGUGUACUCGGUCAACACACGGCUGGUGCCGCAGGCUCUGGACAUCUACAACCAGCUGAACGUGAAGCAUGAGAUGCUGCGCCUCAUCACGCCGCAGUUCGAGACGCCCAUGCCGCCCCUGCAGCCGGCGAUCUUCCCUCCGGCGUUCCGCGAGCUGGACAACCCGCCGCUGGAGCUCUACGAUCUGGACGAGGCCUUCAGCAGUGAUAAGGCCCGGCUGGCGCAGGUCACCAACAAGUGCACCGACACAGACCUCGAGUUCUUCGUCAACGAGUGCGGCGAAAUACUCGGCAUCACUGCGGGGCUGCAGCCGGAGUGUCGCACCGCCAGACACAUUCUGGAGCAUGUCCUGUUCCAGCUGACCGACUAUCGCAAACUCAACCAGGGCGGCUGAGACGAAUGUCCGAUACAUCUGCAGAGAGCAGCGAUCGACUCAGGGACAUCACAUCCUCUCACAGCCAGUCACUCCUCAUUGUCUUGUUCUUGGCCUUCCUCUAGCGUGCUGGAUAUUCAGUUUCAUCUCGUGAUUACGCGAGUCAUUUGUGUGUAGCUGUGUUCCCUUUAAUUUGUGCUAUUCCAGUGACGUUUGAGCCGCGUCCAAUGUCGCUCUCGCCCGUGACGCGUCCAAUGUCCCUGCCAUCCGCCCCGGCCGACCGAUUGUUUUUCCGCCCGCCAUCCGUCGCCUCUGAGGGAGCGGUAUUUGAUGUCGCGCCGGCCGAUUCGUAAUUUACCGCCGGGGCAUCUGUCGACAGCCGCUCGCCCCGGACGGCGGAGGAGUUCAAUAAAAUGUUAAUGCUGACAGCGGUUCA